AUGAAGCCAGUUGCUCUCUUCUCUACCAUCGUACUCGCCUUGAGCGCCACCGUUCAAGGCGCCAUCAAUGACCCCUGCUCUGUCAACGGCAAGCCUGGCGUUUGUGUUACCACGAGCGCUUGCUCGUCGGCGGGCGGAAUUUCCACCGCCGGGUUCUGCCCCAACGACCCCGCCAACGUCCGUUGCUGCACCAAGAGCUGCAGCAGCGGCGGCCUCUGCCCCGGCCCCUCCAACUUCAAAUGCUGCCUCCCCGCAAGCAGCACCUGCGCGGGCACCAACGUAAACUCCAAAACCGUCGAACACAUCAAACAAUGGGAAGGCUUCGUCAAAUCCCCCGCACCAGACCCAAUCGGUCUCCCCACCGUCGGCUACGGGCACCUCUGCAAAACCAAAGGCUGCAGCGAAGUCCCCUACAAAUUCCCACUAACCGAGGCCCAAGCCACCUCCCUCCUCAAAACCGAUCUCAAGACCUUCCAAAACUGCAUCUCCAGCCAGCUCAAAGAUUCCGUCCGGCUCAACGCGAACCAGUACGGCGCGCUGGUCUCGUGGGCGUUUAAUGUGGGGUGCGGGAAUACGAGUGGAUCGGCGCUCAUUUCGAGGCUUAACAAGGGUGAGAGCCCGAAUACCGUUGCGAGUCAGGAGCUGCCCAAGUGGAAUAAGGCUGGGGGGAAGGUUCUGCAGGGGUUGGUUAACCGAAGGAAAGCGGAGGUUACUUUGUUCAAGACGUCCAGCUCCGUCAUCCAUCAUCCUCCCACUUGCACUUGCACCAACUGCCCUAAGCCUGUCUAA